GCAGCCUCCCUCCCCCCGACUCGACCCCGUUAGAGAGAACAGCUGCGAUCCCCUUGCUCCACGGCCGCAGUGCCAUGGCGACCUUCAGGAGAGUCUCGCGUUGGCUGGUUGGCACCGCAGGCCCUGUGAGACUGGGGUGGAAUCCUGCCGCUUCUAUUGAAAGACUUCAUCAUUCUGUGGGUUAUACAGCAUCAAAAGUAAAUAAGUCUGUAUUAUGGCAAAGUUUGCCCCAGGCAGUGAGGAAUGAUAAUAGCUUCAGCACAGACGGAAGUCUAACACAGCAAGAGAUAAAACGAGAAGUUGACAACAUAUCAGAGAAAUUCACAGAAGCCAUGGAACUUAUGAAUGAUGCGAGAUCAUCAGCAGGGACUGUCUAUUUCUCAGAAGAUAUGGAAGAUACCACAGCACAAGUACAGGAAACUCUUCAAGAUUAUCAUUCACUACUAGAAAGACUAACAGAAAAACAGAAAAAACAGGUCAUACAGUCAAUAGGUCUUAAAAUGGAAGAGCUCAAGGCACAGAUGUCAUUAUUGCAAGACCUAGCCAGAGAAUAAGAAACUGAAAAGUAUGCCUUUGCAGUUAGUGUGUUAUAUAUGCAAAAGUUCUUGUAUGAGUUAUAUUUCUAUAAAAAAAAUAUUGAUCACUUAUUUUUUGAAAAGUAUUUAGUGCCAGGUAUUUUUCUUUGAAUAUAUGAAACAGUAAAGGAAACAGAAUACCAAUUUUUUCCUCUCUCAUCAUUAUUGUUGUUCUUGUUAUUUGUUUUAAC